GUUCUGGUCAAGCUCCUGAUAUUCAGUGCUGCCCUCGCCAUUGCUCCUGUCGCAUCCUACUUUCUCUCGAAGGACUACCUCUGGGAAGGCAACACUACACUGGCAGCAAUCACCGCCAUCAUGUCCGCAAACACGGUUUUAGUUGCGUAUAUCGUCAUGUCAAUACGCGAGGAGCGACUUGCAACGGUGAAACCUGCCACCUCGCACACCACUGAGGAAAGCAAAAAGGAUCGCUGA